GGAGACGGUACAUUUCGACAUAAUCUCGACACAAUCACUCUGUGACAGGGACUCCCGGGGCGAACCCUGAGGGGGGAGAUUUGGUUGUUUCCAUCCCUGCCGAGGAGGGGCGAUGGGCCAUGGUCCGUGGCACCGUGGGUUGGCGGCUCGGAGGCUGGACUUCUGGAGUCGUGCGUGCAACUUUGCGCAGUUUUUCCGUCAGCGGUGCGGUGCGAAAUGUAACCGCGAGCGGCAACACUUGGGCGUCAGAGGGGGGUGAAGGGAUCGCCUCGGGGGUCUGAAACCCUUCUCUUCGGGGGUUCGAUGCUUGGCCAUGAGCCAAAUGGCGAGGAUUGCAGCCGUUCUCAAGCAGCGGACUGGGCUUUCAGUCACUGUGGCUACGGGCAAUGGUACCUGGAUGAGUCUGAACUUUGCUCCGUCUGAUGGCUCAUUUCCAUCAGAUCAUCCCGUCGUUUCGAUCUCGUGUUUCUGGCCGGGUUGGCUGCCUAGGUGGUUACGGCAGGGUCAUCCACGCCUUCUCGGUCACAUGAAAAGCACAAAAGCAAAAGACAUUGAGCGUCAUGUUAUACCAGCUGAAGCCAGCUGCGGCCAAGAGCUGAGCUCUGAAAACCCGAGUCUUAUCCUACAUUCCAACAAGUCCCGGAGGAUGCAGAACAGAACGAUUCGACCCUCGUGGCCUCUGAGACGAAAACAUUCCGCAGCGGUGAAGAACAAACCACGGACCACGAAUGAGGACGACAACUCACAAAGCUUGGACCUGGCGUUGCCAACUCCAUCUUCGAUUCUGAUGGACGAUCAUGGAGAAGGCGGAAAUUUUCUCUGCUCCACGUCGGCGCACACGUACCGCAUGUCUUGGCACAGCUGGCCACAACGGCAGAUGGGAAAUAGUCGAUGGAUCGUGUCCCUUCGGCUCCCGUCUAGAGUUGCAUCAAGACAACGUGACAAUGUGGACUGGGAAAUGGCACGGCGGCAGAGGCAGUCGGUCAGUCUGGGGGCCAAAACUACCAAGUUCCAAAACUUCCAACGACUCUGGAAACGCAUGGCGCGACAAUGUCGCACACAAUGGACCAUUUCAGGGCCACCGCGUCGAUCCCAUUCUCCCCCCGAAGAGACGCCACAUUGAUCCGACCCCCCUGAUAUUUGAUUCUUCUAAGUACAGAUUACCGCAGUAAGGAUGCACAACAGUGACUGGAUUCUGGAGAGACUGUCAGCAAAUCUAGGUCAUCCGCUAAAGGGGGGACCGAGGGGCUGAGCGCAGACUCCCUGUUGGUCGGUGCCUCGUCAUGUUCCUGGCUAAAA